GGGUAUUUUUGUCGGCAGGAAAUAUGGUAUAUUUGGCACAUCUGUGCUUUAAAUAAGAGAUGUACGGUAUAUCCGUAUUUUUGUUUGCUUUUUUUGUUUUUUUUUGUUUUUUUUUUUGCUUCUUAUCACUUCUCUUACAAUCAUGACUAUCCCUCAAAACCAACGUUUUUUGCUUGUAAAAGCUCAGCAAGCUAUCCUUUCUCCUAAGCAUAUUCAAGGCCCUGCUCAAGUCCUUAUCGAUCAAAAUACUGGUAAAGUCGUCGAGAUUGCCAUUGACAAUAAGCAAUGCACCACCAUUGUUGACCAGAAUGCUUUGGAAGUCAUUGAGCUGGACAACGAUCAGUUAUUAAUGCCUGGCCUAGUCGAUGCACAUGUGCAUUUAAACGAGCCUGGACGAACAGAAUGGGAAGGUUUUGAAACAGGUACAAAAGCAGCUGCCGCUGGUGGUAUUACAACGGUUGUUGAUAUGCCUUUAAAUGCGAUUCCCCCAACCACUACUGUCGGAAAUUUUGAUAUCAAACUCAAUGCAGCCAAAGGCCAGUGUCAUGUUGAUGUAGGAUUCUGGGGCGGUGUUGUACCUGAUAACGCGAACGAGUUGCCCGCUUUAAUUGGUAAGGGAGUACGCGGGUUUAAAUGUUUUCUAAUUGAAAGUGGUGUGGAUGAAUUCCCUUGUGUAAAUGAGACUGAGGUACGUUUAGCCAUGGACAAACUUGUCAACUCUGACAGCGUCUUGUUGUUCCAUGCUGAAAUGGAUGGAUGCGGAAAGCCCCAAGUCGAAGAAGAAAAUAUUGAUAAUCGCACAUAUGCCAGCUUUUUAAAUUCUCGUCCACAAGAGCUGGAAACCACUGCAAUUGACAUGAUUAUCCGCCUUACUCAAGAAUAUCAUGAACAGGGCCGAUCAGUAAAUACUCAUAUUGUCCAUCUUUCCGCUGCCAGUGCCAUUCCUGCUAUUCGUGCUGCUAAAGCCACUGGAGCACCACUUACUGUCGAGACUUGCUUCCAUUAUUUGAAUUUUACUUCGGAAGCCAUUGAAGAUGGUGCAACACACUACAAGUGUUGUCCGCCAAUUCGUGAGGCUUCUAAUCGUGAAAAGCUCUGGGAGGCAUUGUUGGAGGGUACCAUUGAUUAUGUUGUUAGUGAUCAUUCACCUUGUACAGCCCAACUUAAGAAGCAAGAUACCGGCAAUUUUGGACAAGCUUGGGGUGGUAUUGCUAGUGUUCAAUUUGGUUUACCUGUUCUUUGGAGUGAGGGCCGUAAACGUGGCGUCAGCCUUCAACAAAUUGCAAACUGGCUUAGUUUAGCACCUGCCAAGAGAACCAAACUGGACCACAAGAAGGGAGAAAUUCGUGUUGGUAAUGAUGGCGAUCUUGUUAUCUGGCGUCCAGAAUCUGCAUUUGAGAUCAAUGUAGCCGACGUACAUUUUAAAAACAAAUUAUCUCCUUAUAUUGGAGAAACACUCUUUGGCGCCGUUGAUCGUACAAUUGUUCGUGGCACCACUGUAUAUAAUCAUAAAACAGCUGGACUUUUUGCUCAAGAGCCUUUUGGUCGUCCUUUGCUUCAGUAGACCACAUUAUAUACCCCUCUUUUCCAUUUCUUAUACACGAAAUCUAGUUUUUUUUUUUUGUCACGCCACAAUUAAGGUUUUAAGAUCUAUAUUAAAGCACGUAAAUGUUUAUGAUGAUGUAAGGAGAAAGCAAAUUAC